UUUUUUCUUUUCUCCUCAUUCGUUGAUUUGUGUCUGUUUUUCUUGAUGCUUCAUUUUUCCUGGAUUGUAGAAACAGGAAGUUUGUUGUUUCUGUGUCAAAGUGACUGAAUGGAAAUGUUGCUGCUGCAGCUCCAUGUCUCCACCUGGUGGAGGGAGAGCAGAAGUGCAGCAGCUGAUGGCAGCUUCCUCUGCCUCCCACUGCUGUCCGACUGCAUUCACCUGAACCUGAGAGGAAACACAAGAGAAGAGCCAAUCAGUGGAGGAGCAGCUGAUCUGUUGGUGAAGGAGGAUCAGAGCUGAUGAUGAGGAGGGUUUCCUCUGCAGGUGAAGGUGGAAGGUGUGUGUGAGCUGAUGUGGAUCCAGUGAAUCCAGCAGCAUGGAUCAGUGGGAGGAACCACAGGAGGGGGCCCCUCCCUCUAAAAGCAGAGAUGGUAACCAUGACAACCAGAGCAAAGCUCAGAGGAACCAACCUGGACCCGGAUCUGGAUCCAGCUGGGGGUCCAACAGGAAGGACUUGUCAAAGGGUCAUCUUCCUGACUUCAAAGACAUCAGUUCAGGAGUGGACCAAGGUCAACUGGUCACACAGAGACUCCAGUCUGCAGCCUCCAGCUGUGGAUCCAUGAAGAGUGACCAGUCCAAACCGGAUCCUCUAAACUUCAGAACUGAACCAGGACCUUCAGACUCACAAGGUCAACAGGUCACACAGAGAGUCCAGUCUGCAGCCUCCAGCUGUGGGUCCAUGAAGAGUGACCAGUCCAAACCGGAUCCUCUAAACUUCAGAACUGAUCCAGGACCUUCAGACUCACAAGGUCAACAGGUCACACAGAGAGUCCAGUCUGCAGCCUCCAGCUGUGGAUCCAUGAAGAGUGACCAGUCCAAACCUGAUCCUCUAAACUUCAGAACUGAACCAAGACCUUCAGACUCACAAGGUCAACAGGUCACACAGAGAGUCCAGUCUGCAGCCUCCAGCUGUGGAUCCAUGAAGAGUGACCACUCCAAAGGGAUUGCUCCAAACUUCAGAACUGAACCAGGACCUUCAGACUCACAAGGUCAACAGGUCACACAGAGAGUCCAGUCUGCAGCCUCCAGCUGUGGAUCCAUGAAGAGUGACCACUCCAAAGGGAUUGCUCCAAACUUCAGAACUGAACCAGGACCUUCAGACUCACAAGGUCAACAGGUCACACAGAGAGUCCAGUCUGCAGCCUCCAGCUGUGGAUCCAUGAAGAGUGACCACUCCAAAGGGAUUGCUCCAAACUUCAGAACUGAACCAGGACCUUCAGACUCACAAGGUCAACAGGUCACACAGAGAGUCCAGUCUGCAGCCUCCAGCUGUGGAUCCAUGAAGAGUGACCACUCCAAAGGGAUUGCUCCAAACUUCAGAACUGAACCAGGACCUUCAGACUCACAAGGUCAACAGGUCACACAGGGAGUCCAGUCUGUAGCCUCCAGCUGUGGAUCCAUGAAGAGUGACCACUCCAAACAUGAUCCUCUAUGCUUCAGAAGUGAACCAGGACCUUCAGACUCACAAGAGAUGAGGAGCGGACCCCAGUCUGCAGAAAGACCCAGAGCUGAUGUUGGUCUGCAGGAGAUGUUUGGAGAACAUCAGAUCAGUCUGAGGAGCAGAAGUGAACAUGUGGCUGAAGGAACUGAAGAAGCAGGAAGAGAAACGCUCCUCAACAGGGUCUACACUGAGCUCUACAUCACAGAGAAACUGAGACCAGAGGGUCACACCCAACAUGAGGUGAUGCAGCUGGAGACAACCACCAAGACCAACCAGCUCCAUGACACUGCAAUCAAGAACCCAGACAUCUUCAAAGUCUUCCCUGACCAACACAGAUCCAUCAGAGUGGUUCUGACCAGCGGAGUUGCUGGAGCUGGAAAAAGCUUCUCAGUGCAGAAGUUCACUCUGGACUGGGCCGAGGGUUUGGAGAACCAAGACAUCAGUGCUGUGGUUCCUCUGUCCUUCAGGGAGAUGAACUUGAUCAGAGAUGAGCAGCAGAGUCUUCUCACUCUGAUCCAGCUGUUCCAUCCAACACUCCAGAAGAUCCCAGCAGAACAGCUGUCUGUCUGCAAACUUCUGUUCAUCUUUGAUGGUCUGGAUGAAAGCAGACUUUCUCUGGACUUCAACAACAGUCCGGUGGUGUCUGAUGUCACACACAAGUCCUCAGUCAACGUGCUGCUCACUAACCUCAUCCAGGGACGUCUGCUGCCCUCAGCUCUGGUCUGGAUCACUUCCAGACCUGCAGCAGCCAAUCAGAUCCCUCCUUCAUGUGUGGACAGACUGACAGAAGUCCGAGGCUUCAAUGAUGCUCAGAAGGAGGAGUACUUCAGGAGGAGGUUCCCAGAUCAAGAGCUUUCCAGAAGAAUCAUCUCCCACAUCAAGGGCUUUAUGUCCCUCUACAUCAUGUGUGAAGUUCCAGUCUUCUGCUGGAUCACUGCUGUGGUUCUGGAGAACCUGCUGACCACAGAGCAGAGAGGAGAGCUGCCCACCACCCUGACUGACAUGUACUCCCACUUCCUGAUGGUCCAGACAAAGAGGAAGAAGAACAAGUACCAGCAGGAACAUCAGACAAGUCCACAAGAGCUGACAGAGACUGACAGGGAAGUUCUUCUGAAGCUGGGGAGGCUGGCAUUUGAACAUCUGGAGAAAGGAAACAUCAUGUUCUACCAAGAAGACCUGCAGCAGUGUGGUCUGGAUGUCACAGAGGCCUCAGUGUACUCUGGAGUUUGUACUGAGAUCUUCAGAAGAGAGUGCGAGAUCUUCCAGAAACCGGUCUACAGCUUUGUUCAUCUGAGCGUUCAGGAGUUUCUGGCUGCAGUCUACAUGUUCCACUGUUACUCCAACAGGAAGGUUAAGGUCAUUGAGGACUUCCUGAAGUACAACAUGAAGUACCCAUCCCUGGAUGACUUUCUGAGUAGAGUCAUGAAGAAAUCCCUGCAGAGUAAAACUGGACACCUGGACCUGCUGGUUCGCUUCCUUCAUGGCCUCUCUGUGGAGUCCAACCAGAGACUCUUAGGAGGCCUGCUGGGUCAGACAGAGAAGAAUCCAGAAACCAUUCAGAGAGCCAUCAACAACCUGAAGAAGAUCAACAGUGAAGGAGUCUCUCCUGACAGAAGCAUCAACAUCUAUCACUGUCUGAUGGAGAUGAAGGACCUCUCAGUUCAUCAGGAGAUCCAAGAGUUCCUGAAGUCAAAGAACAAAUCAGAAAAGGAACUCUCAGAGAUCGACUGCUCAGCUCUGGCCUACACUCUGCAGAUGUCAAAGGAGGUUCUGGAUGAGCUGGACUUGACCCAGUACAAGACAUCAGCUGAGGGUAUACGGAGACUGAUCCCUACUGUGAGGAACUGCAGAAAGUUCAGACUUCCAGAACAAUUUGGACUCUCAGAGACUCACUGUGAAAUUGUGGCCUCAGCUCUGAAGUCCAAGCCGUCCCACCUGACAGAAUUGGAUCUGAGCGACAACAACCUGAACGAUUCAUCAAUAAAGGUUCUGUGUUCUGGACUGGAGAGUCCAAACUGCGGACUGCAGACUCUGAGGUUGAUGGGCUGCAGUUUGUCAGAGAUCAGCUGUGAAGCCCUGGGCUCAGCUCUGAAGAAAAACCCGUCCAAUCUGACAGAACUGGACCUGAGCUGGAACGAGAACCUGCAGGAUUCAGGAGUUGAUCAUCUGUGUGGUUUUCUGGAGAGUCCAGACUGCAGACUUCAGACUCUGAGGUUGAUAAACUGCAGUUUGUCAGAGAUCAGCUGUGAAGCUCUGGUCUCGGCUCUGAAGAAAAACCCGUCCAAUCUGACAGAACUGGAGUUGAGCAGGAACAGGAACCUGCAGGAUUCAGGAGUUCUUCAUCUGUGUGGUUUUCUGGAGAGUCCAGACUGCAGACUGCAGACUCUGAGGUUGUUGGACUGCAGUUUGUCAGAGAUCAGCUGUGAAUCUCUGGUCUCAGCUCUGAAGAAAAACCCGUCCAAUCUGAAAGAACUGAACCUGAGUGUUAACGAGAAAAUACAGGAUUCAGGAGUUCUUCAUCUGUGUGGUUUUCUGGAGAGUCGAGACUGCAGACUCCGGAUUCUGAUGUUGUGGAGCUGCAGUUUGUCAGAGAUCAGCUGUGAAUGUCUGGUCUCAGCUCUGAAGAAAAACCCAUCUAAUCUGAUAGACCUGGACCUGAGCAAGAACGAGAAACUUCAGGAUUCAGGAGUUCUUCAUCUGUGUGGUUUUCUGGAGAGUCCAGACUGCAGACUAGAUACUCUAAGGUUGAACUACUGCGGUUUGUCAAAGACCAGCUGUGAUGCUCUGGUCUUGGCUCUGAAGUCCAACACGUCCAACCUGACAUACCUGGAUGUGAGCUACAACAACCUUCAGUCUUCAGAUGUUGAGCAGCUCCAGGAUCUGGUGGAGAGUCCAAAUUCCAAACUGGAGACUCUGAGGUUCUAAAGGCUUACUUCCUCCUGCUGUCUGCAGAGUUUUUGUGACUAUGUUGUGAUUCUGGGUGGUGGAGAGCAGAGUGGUGGAGGAAUCAGAGGAAGUAUAUAGUAAAAUAACAUCAGAGCUGCAGCAUACCACUGCCUUUUCUUUAGCAUCAAGUCUACAGUUAUUGUGCUGCAGCUCCCCCCGUGGAUUGAUGGAGAAUUGCACUUCCUCUUCUUAUUCCUACUUGGAGUGUUUAUCUGAAACAUGGGUUUGAUUCAGAUUUUCAGAAGUUCCAGGAUCUGGAGAAAAACAGACCUGCAGACAAACAGAUUCUUUUCUUUUUCAUCACUUUCUUUUUUGAUCUACAUUUGACGAAUACCGUAAUUUCGGGAUUAUAAAGCGCACCCGAUUACAAGCCGCACCCACCCAUUUUCAUUAGUGACAAUCUAGGUAUCAUACAUAAAAU